AUGAUAGAUUGUACCUCAACAUUCGAAUCUAGCAGCUCUAGUCCUAUAACAAAAGCACGCAUCAGGCUCACCGAACCUUCAACCUCACUUUCCAAUACAACCCUCAUGGCAGACACUACUUCUGCACCAUUAUCUCUAGCUGAUGGAGAAAUGGCCUAUGACAAUGAGUUGAGAUAUCCACAGGCCGUAUGGAGAUUUCGUUGUCCAGUUUGUGACACCAUCAACGAUCUCAAACCUCGAUUACGUUCUCAAAAGACCCAAUCACCAAUCUCACUUCGACAACUCAAAAGAAUCGUAUAUGAAUGUCGAUUGAAAGAAAAAGCUAAGAAAGUCAAAGGAACCGUGGAUGAGAAAGAACGAGAACGAUUGUAUGAGCCUGUCGAACGACUGGUUGAUGUAUUAUUUGGUAGCUGGAUUUGCCUGAACCAAAGCUUUGGAAAUGGAAAAGAAACGACAUUGCAGGACAGUGGAGUUGCAAUGGAGGAUGUGCGAGAUGCGUAUAGUAUUCUAUUGAAUUUGCCUGUAAAUGUGAUCCGUGCGAUGAUGACUGCUACAGAUCGAUUGUUAAAACGACCUUGCGUACCACUCAGCCGGCCAAGUGACAUCAAAUUCUUUCUAAUGAUUCUCGAGAAUCCACUUUUGACCCAACACAAUUUCCCAGCCGAAACAAAAUAUCACCACAGUCUAUUAAAACGAGUGUUUGGUAUGCUCAGUUGCCUUGACAAUACAUGUCAUCAAGCACUUGUCAAUUGGUUUGCAAAAUCCAAUACAACUCAAUUGAGUACUCUGGUAAAUUUAGUGCAAGCAUUUGUCAGCCACAGAAUUACCCGUGCGCGUCGAAGCAAACUUGAAAUGCCAGCAGCAUAUGAAUCUGACUGGAAGAUUGCCAGUGCCGCUCGGGUAAUGGCUCUUUUGUUUAGAGCCAACCACAAAUCAAAAAACCUUGCUCUCUGUGAGUUCUACAAUACAAUGGUAGAUUACAUUCACCUAAUGGGAGACUAUGGCUCUUGGCAAUCAAGAUCUGGGUAA